UCUGUCGUCUACUCACCGGCGUGUUUGAGGUUGUGUUUGACGAAGUGAAAUGUUAUCUUAGUUUUGUGAUUAAUAUCCAAUGAAUUAAAAGACGUGAGAAAUUGAAAAACAUUGGAAUAUAUACAGCCAAAAAUGGCUGUACUCCUAAAAUCAACCUGUCUCAGCAUCCAGACAGGAUUCAAGUUUCUCUACCCUAGUGUCGAAACCGUUACAGUUUUUUCGAGAGGAAAGCAUCUGAAUCCGUGGCCAAGAAAACGCCACCCGAUUUGGCUUCCAAAACAAACUCGCGUGGGCUACAAUGAGCAUAUUACACUGGAAAACAAGGAGUUCAUUCAAGAGAUUGUAGAGUCUCGUUACCAGCGACCAGAUAUUGGUCUGGGAACUGGGGUUGUGCGAACAUCUCCCCUUAAGGUAGAACCAAUUGAGCCAAAACAAGAAUGGACAGAAAGCAGCAGACGAACCGGUGUAAUUGCCAAGAAAAUUGGAAUCUAUCCCAUUUGGUUGAAAGAUGGGAGCCGUGUGCUCUCAACACUUUUACAGGUUGUCGAUAACCAUGUGAUAAAAUACAUACCACCAGAGGAAUACAACCCAAUAAAACACAAACGGGCGGUACAAUCAAUGGUUAAUCUUAAUAAAAAGUAUGGCUGCUUGGUUGUGGGAUCUGAGGGAUGUGAUCCCCAAAAAUUCACCAAGGAAUAUUGCGGCCUGUUUAACAACAGUGGAGUUAUGCCUAAGCGUGUCCUAACCAGAUUUUUAGUCACUCCUGACGCCGCGCUACAGCCUGGCACUCCUCUUUAUGCAGCCCAUUUCAAACCUGGUGAAGUCGUCGAUAUCAGAGGAGUGACAAUUGAUCGAGGUUUUCAAGGAGUUUGUAAACGCUGGGGCUUCAAGGGUGGCCCAGCAUCGCACGGAAAUACCAAAACCCACCGGAGGCCUGGAAACAUCGGAGGUGGCGGUGAAAAAGGUCGUGUAUGGCCUGGCACGAAAAUGCCAGGACACAUGGGUAAUGAUGUGCGAAUUCUUAGAGGUGUAAAGAUUCUUCGGGUCAAUACAAAGUACAAUGUGAUAUGGGUUCUGGGACAGGCACUACCUGGAGGCACCAACUCAACUUGUUUUUUAUAUGACACGUUACUACCUCGUAGAAAGCUGCAAAAUCCACCACAUUUUCCAACCUAUUUACCUUAUAUAUCAGAGGAACCUCUCCCAGAAGAAAUGUACAGCGAUGAGGUUCACGCAUACAACCUACCCUCCAUCGAAUUCUUGGAGGAUUCAAAAUAAGUUCAUAUGUAAAUUGUAAUUAUCAUUCGCUAGAAAAUACAAAUCAUGUUAAUUAACAA